AUGGGGAGGAUGAUUAUUUUAUGUAUACUUUUCUUGAGUUCCAGCAUGGCACUGACUGCAGCCCCAUACAAAACAGCAAAAUACAAACAGCUUCUGAAGACAAUUAAACUGUUAGAAAGCUCAGUGAAAGAUAAGGAUGUUGAACUGCUGCAUACACCAGAAAACCCUGUGGAUGGAUGCAUCUUCACAGCUGUGACCUGCUUCCAGAAGGGCACACUGAAAUUACAACCAGAAAACAGCCAAGUAAAUUCUACAUUCAUCCAAACCAUUAAAAUCUUAAAAAGAUUUUCCUUCAGUGACCCUGGACAGCCAUGCGAGUCUUCAUGUGAAUCUUAUGAGAAAAAAAAACCCAAGGAGUUUUUGACCAGCUUUGCAAAACUAAUCAAAAAGUUAUUCAAGGAUUAA